AUGGUUUUUAAGCAUUUAACUCUUCAUUUUCUCGAGAAGUAUCUGGGAGAAUACCUUGAGGAUUUAGAUACAAAAAAACUGAAAAUUGGAUUAUGGCAUGGGAAUGUGACGAUACGUAAUGUUCAUUUGAAAACGAAUCGAUUGGUAAAUACCAGCGAAGUAAAUCCUAUUUGUUUUAACGUUGAGUUUCAGGAUGAUUUCAAUCUUCCGAUUCGAAUCAAAACUGGCUAUCUCGAACAAUUAACAAUUCAUAUUCCAUGGAAACAUUUGCAUGUUCAUCCAACGCGAAUUUCUGUUCAGGGAUUUUACGUUCUCCUAGAACCUAAAACCGAUAUUAUCUAUGACGCUCGAAAACAAGAAGAACAUGAGUAUCAAUCCAAAAUGAAACAAGUCAAAAAGGUUGAAAAGUAUCGUUUGAAGAGAGAGAAAACCGAAUACUCCAAUACGCAUAAUAAACACAGACAGACAUUUUUUCAACGUUUGAAAUUUCACAUUCUUCGAAAUCUUGAAGUUUCUAUUGAAAACAUUUACAUUCAUUAUCAAGAUAAAUAUAUCAAACCUGGACAUCCAUUCACAUUCACUGUGAUACUCCAUUCGAUCAAACUGACCAGAACCAAUUCCGAAUGGGGAGAUGUGCAUACGAAAGAACAUUCAAAGAUACUCUACAAAAUCGGCGAAUUGAAUCAUUUAUCGAUAAGUUGGAAUUCCGACUCGCAAUUCGAUGGUAAUUUAUCCAAAGAAGAUCUCAUCAACUAUCUCAAAGCAGACAAUCUACAGCAAAAUUACAUUCUUCAACCAUUGCAUGCGUCAGCAAAGCUCGAAAUCGCCAGAAAAGCCGAGAAACAACAUUUUCAACAACCUGUUCUGCAGAGCGAGGUUCUUUUUCAAGAAAUUAAUUUGAAUAUUACUCGAAGUCAGUACUCGGGCAUACUAGAUUUGCUCGAAUAUCACAAUUAUUAUGAUUUGAAAUCCAAAUACAUCAAGUACUAUACACCGAUCGGCAGUUCUCAACAUGACAAACCGAGUCGACGACGAUGGAAAUUUGCUUAUAAUGUGAUUUUGAAUGAGCAAAUUCGUCCUCGACUUGCGUCCUAUCAGUGGAAAAACAUCAAAUUGCACUUAGAUCGAUCGAAGGAGUAUUAUAAUCUCUAUUAUCAGCAAUUAACGAAUCAUCUUCCUAAAGAACACAAACAAUCUCUUGAAGAAUUAGAGCGACAAAUGAAUGCGUUCGGUUUGAUUUAUGUACGACGAAUUGCUCAAAUGAAAGCAAUGAAGAGAAAGUUAAUGAAAAAAGAAAGAUCUCAAUGGGAUAAGCUAUCCGAUUGGUUUAACCAUCAUCGUCACCGUCAUCGUCAUCAUUAUGAGGAGUUGGAUUUUUCAUCGGAUACUGUUAUGUUAGAAGAAGAAAAAGACAAACUCUAUGAAGCAAUGGAAUAUCACGAUGAGCACAAUACAAUAGCUUAUCCACCGGAGUAUGUUGAUAUUAAUCUUGCGAUUCGAUUAAACCUGAUUACAGUCAAUAUUCUGUCAAAUAUUAACGAACAGGAUGCACAGUUUCGAGUACUUAUCGGCGCAACUUUAUCAAAUCUUGAUUUCGUGUAUAAACACCGUCCGGCUGCAAAUAACUUUUCAUUUGAGGUCAAUGUUGAUACGUUUCAAAUAUCGGGCAAUCCAGCCGAAACGAAUCAAGUUAGUCUUAUUCAGUCGCACGAUAAAGUAAAUCAAUUAUUACAUAUCCAAUUUGCAACGAAUCCAGUCGAUCAAAACUGUGAUUAUCAUCUAUUUGCUCGUGCUAAAUCUCUUGAUUUAAUCUAUCAUACAAAAAUUACUGAAAAACUUAUGGAAUUCUUUCUUCCUGAGAAAGAAUAUCAUUUGGAAAAGAUAAAGGAAGCUGCAUAUUCAAUUUACACGGAUAUACAAAAGAAUACACAGUUUCUAUUCAGUGAAAAUCUGAAGAAAAUCAAAGCAUUAGAUCUGGACAUUGACAUACAGCCGUUAUUUGUUGUAUUGUUGCGAUGUGACGAGAAGUCAAAUCGGGUGGAAUCGAUUUGUCUAGAUUCAGGCCACCUAACAUUCAAAGGUGGAGAAAAAUUUCGCCAAGAAAUACUUCAGCAUACUACAGAUAAUCGGCACCAGAAUAGUUCAUCGUUCAUUCCAUUGCAGUUUGCGCUUGAAAACACCAAGUUAGUGUAUUGCGAGAAAGAUUGGAAACAGGUACUUGAUGAAAAUAACUCUUCAUCUCAUAUUAUUCAACCAGUAACUUUCACCUGUGAUAUCUACAAAUCAGUGUGCACAGAUCGUAUAGAUGAACCCAUCUGGAAUAUUACUAGUGGUGUUUCGAGGGUGAUAUCUAAUCUGUCUGAUAAGCGUAUAUCAGAAAUAGUCAAAGUCUUUCAAUCUAUUCAACUGCCACAAACACGAAGACCAUCAAACAAUCCAUAUAAAAUUCAAAAAUUGAAUUCAAAUGAUAAAAGAUAUAAACUUAGCGUAAAACAACUUUAUCGAGCCGUGGAAGAUAUCACAUCAGCGACAACAACUGUUUAUGAGGAGGGAACUCAACAGAAACAACUCGAACCGCAUCAGCAAUUAACUGAAAUUCAACUCUUUUUCCAGAUUCCUUCCAUCAAUUUAUACUUGAAUCAGUAUUCAACAGAUGUAAGUGAGCCAUUGAUGGAAAUCGCAUUGACGUCAAUCGUUACCGAAGGAAAAAUGAAAACUUAUGAUAUUGAAUUUGAUUUAUCACUUCAAGAUGUAACUAUCAUUCAUCAACAGUUCAAAACAGAAGAAAAUAAGAAAUUUUCGCUGUUGAGCAAGCAACAUCAAAAUAAAAUUUUUACAAUCGCUGGAUUAUUAACAUCCGCUGAUAAUCCAUUAUUUUCAGUGGCGUCCUAUAAUUCAAUCGAGAAUCAAAUCUCGAUUACUAUGAGUCGAUUCAUCUUAAAUAUUCAAUUGGAAAUAAUCCAGUCAAUUCUGAUGUUUAAAAAUAAUAUUACUAAGCAAUUAGCACUCAAGCCGUCAACCAAAACACAACCAGAAGCUAUUACAAUUGAUACGAAAACUGUUCAACGUUCUAAUUCACAAUCAUUUAAGAUAGUGUUCAACAAUGAAGAAUUCGGUAUUCUGAUUGGCAAUGAAUCUUCUCAAUUAUUUUAUAUGGCAUUGAAAACCAUGCAGGCUAGUUUCUGUCGCACACGAGUGAAAAUGUUGGGUCACUUCAUUAUACAUGACUUCGUUCUUCUUGAUCCAUCAAAUCAAUGUCGAUUUGAUGCAAUUGUUUCAAAAGAAGAUAAUCAGAAUGAUUUGCUCUCACUAGAUUUCUCAUUAUUCAAUUAUUCAGAAAAUCGCUCUCCUCCAAUUGACUCAUACGUUAAAGGUCGUUUGGAUAAACUCAAUAUAGUUCUUCUUUAUAAACAUAUUCAACUUCUUUUAACUAUUAUUCAAUCCUUUAAUCAGAAUAUUUCAAAGCAAAAGAAAGUUUCUUCAACGAAACAACAAUCUUCGUCUUCGCACAGUCGAUUUUCAAAACUUCAUUUUCAAAUCGAAUUGCUGGGACCAAGACUAUUCGUACCCAAGCAUUCAUAUUCCUUCGAAGCUAUACUGAUUGAUUUCGGACAAAUAGCUUUGAAAACUGCCUCGCCGAAGGAUGAAACAUACGCCCUCGUCUUUAAAAAUUUAUCAAUCAAUCGCGUGAAAUUAAACAAUAAUAAUCAAGUUAUUGAAACAUUCCAUUUAUCCGAAUGCUCAUCAUUGAAUAUAUUUAUCAAUUAUUGCUCGAAUGUGAAAAAUAUUCAAUCCGAACAAGCGAUGUUGUCGAUAAAAAUACAGUGGGAUCAGUUGGAUUUCAUAGUCGCUAAAGAUGAUUAUCUAUUUCUGAUACAAAUGAUCAAAGGAAAUUUUACCGAAAAGAUCUCUAGCGGUACACCUGCGAAAGAACAGACGAAAGGAACUAACGAACAAUCAAAUGUAAAUAACAACAAAGUGUAUCAAUUACUUAUGAUCGACGUCCUAACGAAACGAGCUAGUUUGACGCUUUGCAAAGAUCAUAUGUCAACACCUAAUUCGAAAUUGCUUUGUUUCAAUCUUAGUGACCUUCAGUUAGAUUUUCAGUUGGCAUCAAAUGCAACUUAUCGAGGAGAAGUACAUUUACAAACUCUGUUUGCCGAUGGUUUGUGUCAACCUAAUUCUCAAAACUCCAUUUCACGUUUAAUAGAUCGAAAGUUUGAUCUAGAACAAAAUGCUCCCAUUUUAAGUCUGAGUGCAUCGUCCGAACAAUCAAUUAUCGACAGUCGGUCGACGUCUCUGCGAAGAAUAUUUUCAAUAAAUGGAGAAAUUCAAAGCAUAUACAUUGGCAUUAGCGUUACAUACUUACUUGUUUUGAAAGACUACUUCACCAUAAAUCAAUUAGCAGCAGAAGAAGCACCGUAUCCUCUUGAAACAACUGCUCAUCAAUCGAAAUUAGAGAAUAUACCACCUCCUGCUAAACAUACAUCAAGCUCUAAUCCGAUAGAACAGAAUCUAUCUACGAAUGCCGAUUUUCAAACAGUUUCCAAUAACAAACAUAAAGAAUCUUCUAUUGAACUGAACAUCUCUUUUACUAUGCAACCGUGUCAAUUGAUUUUAAUUGAAGAUGAAAAGAACAGUCAUUCAAAUUGCCUUGUUGCCGAAUUACCUGUCGUGUUCAAAAUGACUAGUCUGAGUGGAACUCAGAAAAUCGCUGGUUCAACAAAAGAUUUGCUGGUUUAUGCGUCUAAUUUUGACCAAUUAAGACAGUCCGGAGCCAUCAAAUAUCAUAUAUUGAAACCAUGUGAGAUUUCUCUAUCUGUUGCAAUAACAGCCGCUGAACAAAUUAUCGAUGUUCAUAUCGGAGAUAUCUCCGUUGAUGUCAAUCCGAUGUUAAUUCAUGUCAUCAUUUCGACUGUGAAAUCGUUGAACAAACAACAAGCAACUAUGAAACAGGAGAAGGAGAAAUUCGAUUCAAAAACGUUAUUCGAUCCCAAACCAUUCAAAGAUUCGAAUUUUUGGUUCAUCCAAGAUUCUCAAGAAAAAGAAAACAGAUUGGAACAGACAGAUAUAUUAGAAAUAGCGACAGGAUCACCGCUACGAAAGAAACAACGUGUUCGGCAACAAAAUAAAAAACCAUCGACCAAGCUCAUCCAUCAACAGUUUACUGCCGAUCUCAACAUCGUAGAAGUUAAGUUUCAACUCGGCACUGGAUCAACCACACGCCCUGUCAUCGCUCUAUGUCUGUCAAAAAUAUACGCACAAUUUCAAGAUUGGUCAUCCAAUCUAUCUGUUUCUUCGUCGAUUCAAAUUGAAUUAGCUUUAUUCAACGAUCAUCUACUUGCUUGGGAACCAUUGAUUGAACCAAUUGUUGAUCCACGCGGUCAAAUCGUGUCGCCCUGGUCAAUCAAAUGCCAUACCAAACAUGAUAACGAAAUUGAUGAAAUCGAACUCGAGACAUUGCUUAAUGAGGACAAAUCGUUAACCUGCAAAGCUGAAAGUGAACGUCUGACACAUUUUGACAUACAGAAUAUUGUAUUCAUUCGAGCGGAUCAUUUAUUGAAUGUCACUCUGACGAAGACAAGUAUUAUCCUUGCUCAACAUCUAUUCACAAUGUUAGGUGAUAUAUAUAAGAACGAAUAUGCAGCGAUAGAACAUGAUGAUCGAUCGAUCUUGUCAAUACACAAUCAAACCGGUUAUCGCAUUAGUAUUGGGAAAUUUAUUGGUAUCCAAUUCAUUGAAAAUAAUCAUUCGAAUGAAGAUGUUUAUCUGCGUGACAAAGAAUCGAUUAAAUUAACUGUAUCUGCUGAUCGUCUGAGUGCAACUCAUCUUCCAGCUAUUUCCGAGCAAAUCGAUAAGCGAAAACAGGAAUUUUCUGUUGAAAUUGAAGGUAAAACAAUUCAAAUAGACAUCAAUCAAACAUGGAGACGAGUGUAUGAGAUCGAUGCGUCGUCAAUGCCAAAUUGGCCAAUUCAGUUACUUUGCGACUCACAGAUUCACGAAGAUCGUCGACGAAUUGUUCUCAGCUCGAUUAUCAAAGUAACCAACCUAACAAUAAUGCCUUUAAUUCUUCUCGACCCAGAGACGGUUGAAACAAAGAAAUUUCACCGUAUAGCUCGUAUCGAUGUCAAUCAGGAAUUCUAUGUACCCAUUCAGUUUCUGUAUCUUCGAAUGAGCCCACGCUUAUAUUUUACGAUUGAUACUGAUGAUUCUAACGAAGUCUAUGAUUUUAUGUCGUUUGAAUGGGCAAUUGAAUCAAGCAGUGAUCGAGUGCUGAAACGGCCGGAUGGAAGUCAAGUUAAUUAUGUGAUACAUAAGGACUCGAUUGAAGCAUAUUCAGAGAACACUGAUGAACCUAUUCGUAAUUCAUUCAACAUCUGUGUUCAAUUAGCUCUUCAUCUAAUUAACUUUCUACCAAUACUUAUUCAAUGUCGAAUCGAUAAUUCUAACCAGAUUGAAUUGAGACCGAGUGAAUUAUGUCACGUGCCAAUUGGAAAUAAAAAAUCCGUCCUUGUCUUCAUAAUUCCCUCCUACAAGAAUACCAAAUGGAUAUCCGAAUCGGUCGAUCUGAAGAACGAAGGUGAUGGCAAUCACAAUGAGCAUCUGAUCAUAUUUCAUGACGAUACACCAAAUCAAAUCCUAAGAAUGAUCUUGCGUGUUGAAAUCUGUCGCCAUUCAUAUCGUGCUUCAUUCUAUUGUCCAUACUGGAUUGUAAAUACAACUGAUCUCCAAUUCCAAAUCAAAAUUGAGCAUGAGAAAAUAUUUAUUGAUGAAACCGAUCAAGCACAUCUUGUCUGUCCACGAAAGAUUCACGGCGAAUCGCAUAAAAAGAAAGCACAUAUUCGUUUGUAUGAUGACAAAGAAGAUGAAAGUAUUUCUCAUUGGUCUGAAAGUUUCUCCAUCAACGUUAUCAAAAGUACCGGUAUGACCACUUGUAAAGUUUCGAAUGAUCGAAUUUAUACAAUUUGUAUCAACAUUGAAACCUGUUCGUUUGGUAUGUCGAAAAUCAUUACCAUUGCUCCAUCAAUGUUCGUUAUCAACAAUUCAUCCAUUGAACUUGAGAUUAUCGAAAUGUUGAAUGGUAGCGAACAAGAUAAAUGGAAAUCUCUCAAAGCUGAACAAGUAAUUCCAUUUUGGCCACACCAGAUAAAAGAUGACAUGUUGUGUGUACGUUAUGUACACAAUCAAGAAGCAUUGGCGUGUAUUCCAAUCAGUAAUAAAUAUCGAACGUUAUUGCGUAUGAAUGAUGAAGAGUAUCCGGCGAUCGAUGUUCAAAUUCAUACAACAGAUUUCGAUGGAUAUCGAAUUGUUUUUUCGGAUUAUAAGACAGGAGAUGCGCCGAUUUUGCUUGUGAAUACGUUAAUUGACCAAUCGAUUACAUUUUCUCAAAAAGGAGAUUCACAAGCACAGGUCUUACCAUCUCAACAUUACCUCUAUUACACUUGGAAUGAUCCAUUUAAGCCAUAUGAAUUAACCAUUUCUGCCGAUGUGGAAAGUGUAACAGUCGAACUUCAUCCAACCUAUGGCGUGUUAGACCAAAAGAUUCAUUACGCCGUAUUUCACGAUGGUCCACAAACUGUUCUGUUAUUCUCUUCUGAUACAUCCAUCAUUGAAUCAGUAACUGAUACUUCACUUGUGGAAGAGCCAAUUCGUAAUUACAUCCAGUUAAUUGUUCAUAGUAUUGGCGUAUCGAUCAUUAAUGACAUCACUCGCGAUGAUUUAUUAUAUGUGACAAUCAAUCCAUCUAAAGAUAUCUGGAUAACAAAACAUAAAUACGACUUCGAACCUGUUCCAGCGCCGCUUAAUCUCCAUUUAGAAGAAAACUAUACAACGUAUAUUAAACAUCGAUAUGAUCAACAUCCAAUCAGAAGGGAAAUCCGUGAAGAUCGAUACACAAUCGAUAAUAAUCUCGUUGUUUCAUUUGAUGAAAAUAUUGGUGAAGUAAGCGAUGAACACGGUCGUUCUGUUCAUGUUAUACGUCAGAAGCUUGAUGCACUUUGGAUUGGGUAUGCAUGGUCAAAAAGUAAUGUUAUUGUUCAUGCACGAGUUCAACAUAUCCAAGCUGAUAACCAACUGAAUUGCACACUAUUUCCAACGCUCGUUUAUCCGAUUGCUUCGAAAACAAAUGCGAUAACUUAUCUGAGUGACAAACCACUGAUUGAGUUGAGUUUGUUCAAAAGUCAAUCGAUCAGAUCGAAUACGAUUGAUAUAAGAUAUUUUAAAAUACUAAUCCAAGAAUUCGCACUUUGUGCUGAUCAAGGUUUUAUCCUAGCUUUAUUUGAAUUUUUCAAGCUCAAUCAGAAUCCUCUACCACCUAAGAUUAACAUGAACCGAGACAUCACCCUUCUACACAAACCCCUGGAAUCUUUCGUCAAAGCUGAUACAUACAAAUCGUCAUCUGAGACCCUCAUCUACUUCGAUCAUCUGCAUUUAUCUCCUUUAAAAAUUCACGUUAGUUUUACAAUGCACGGUUCGAAGCCAGAUAAACAACUACUUGCCGAGUAUCCACUAGCCGAUUUUCUCUUGCAAAUUUUAAAUCUUGCUGAAGUUCAAGAUGUGACAUUAAAAUUGAAUUUUUAUCAACGGCAAAAUGAUCGGUACACGAUUGAAAAACUACGAAAGGAGAUUUUCAAGCAUUAUGAACAUCAAUUUUUCGAACAAAUUCAUGUGGUUAUUCUCGGUCUUGAUGUUCUGGGCAAUCCAUUUGGGGUGAUUCGAGGAGUCGCACAUGGCGUUGAAUCAUUCUUCUAUGAACCCUAUGAAGGCGCUAUGGCAGGUUCAAAAGAGUUCAUCCUCGGAGUUCGACAUGGUACUCGCAAAUUAGUGGGCUCAGUCAUUGGUGGAACUGCCGGUGCACUUUCGAAAGUUACUGAUGCAGCGAGCAAAAGUUUAGCAACAUUAACAUUCGAUAAAGAAUAUAAGAAUAUUCGAAUCAAACGAAAGGAACUAGAUGGAACAACAUCUUCACAUAUUCUCUCAAGUGGAAAACAUACUGCUAGGGAUAUCGUGACAAGUGUCAAAGAUCUUGUUAAGAAACCAAUUGAAGGCGCGAAGGAGCAUGGACAUGAAGGUUUUGCUAAGGGUGUGGGAAAGAGUAUGAUUGGUCUUGUCGCUAAACCAACGAGUGGAGUUGUUGAUUUGACCAGUACAUCAUUCAAUUCGUUGAAAAGAGCUGCAACGCAUGAACAAGUCAUUCGUCGUAUUCGCCCACCACGACAUAUUGGUGGUGAUGGAAUUGUCCGUCCGUCGAUUGCACAUGAAAAAUUAGGAAAUUUUAUGUUUGAUAACAUCGAUUUCGAAAAUUCCGAAGAUUAUCUUGCACAUAUUCGUUGUUUUGGUCAGUCGGAAAGUUACUUCUUCGCAACAACAAAACGAGUUUUAUUGAUGAACGAAACGUCUUCAUCAACGAGAGUUUAUGAGAUAACAUGGGCGUGUUAUUAUAAACAAAUUAAAAAUUCACCUCAAGUGAAAUUCAACCCGAGUCACAUUGAAAUCAAUUAUCGAGAUAUUAACAAGCUUCAUAUGACGAAAUACGAUGAAGUGCACACGAAAUUAGUUCCGUACCAGAUUGUCGGCGAAGCCCGGUAUAUCGUCGAUAGAAUCAUCGAAAUGAUGCGUACAUUACAAGUUUAA